CCUCGUGCCGCCCCAGCGUGUUGUUUUCUCUUUUUACUAUUGUAUUUUAUCAUAACUUAUAGUAGGUAUAUUAUAGUGAUCUAACUUAUCGUUGUAUUCGGUCUUUUGAUUUAAUCAUCUAUUAUUUACAAAUUUCUUUUUAAUAUUAUUUGCGAUCAAAAUAUAGUUUCUAUUUUACAUAGUACAAAAUUGUUUAGGUUCCUGUCUUUUUUAGUGCUUUUCUUCGAGUACACUGCUACUUUUACAUACACAAUUUUGUUUUUAAUACCUAUUAAAUGUAACCAUUAAUGUUUAAAUUUAAAUAUUAAUUUAUCAAUCUCAUAAAAAUUAUUAAUGUUUCAUACUUACCUUGUGAUGUUUAAAGUAAAUGCAAUCAACUGGUUUUUAUUGGAUACAAUAAUAGCGACGAUGUCCAGAAUGGGUUAAUUCAUAUUUGGAUUUAAUCUAAAUAUCCUUCUGCUUAUAUUAGUGCUACCUACUGUCAUUAACACGUAAGUUAAACAAAAAUAACAAAAUUAAUAUUUAUUAUUAGUAUGUAUACAGUAUACAUUAUUCAUCAUUGUAUAUAUAUACUAACUCAUUAAAAUCUUUUAUAGAAAAAAAAAAACAGUGUUGUUUAACUAUAAAUUUCACUGUACAACUCUGAUUCAGUUUAGUUUUCAAAAUUACUUAGGUAAUGUUCUUAUUUACACAUGCAUUUUUGUUUAUUUAGAUAUAAUUUAUUAAAUAAGUAUACCUAGUUGGUGUUGAAUUUAAAAUGUUCCUUUUAAGUGUAUUUACAUAAUUGACUAUUAUAAUUAAUCGAUAAUAAAUUUGAUUAAAGAAUAAAUAUAUUUAAAAUAAAAUCUAAUAUUUCUUAAGUAUGUAUCUAAAUAGAUAAUUUUUUUUGUAUCAAUUCAUUUUAUUAAUUACAAAAAUAUAUUAUACAUUAUGUAUACAUAAUCAAAUAGACAUAAAUUUGAAUUAAAAUUAAAGAUACAACUAACUAUAUCUUUCCCUUUGUAGUUUUUAUUAUUAAUUCACAGUAAAUUUUAUUAAAUAAGUAAAUAAACACAGGUAUGUAAUUUAAAUGUCCAAUAUGUUUUUGAUUUUAUAAAAAAAAAAAAUUAAGAUAAAUUAGUUGUCCUUAGGACCUAGAUGAUCAUUAUUUAUUUUAUUGGUUCUUUUUAAAAAUUAUAAUUUGAUAUUUUCAAAAAAUCUUUUAUUUAUCUAUUUGGUGAUUGAAUUUGAAAAUUACUCUAAAAAUCAGUCUAACAUACUUUGAAUGGAAGCUUUUAACUUGAGCAAGUACUAUAUUAUAGGUUUACCAAUUAUGUAUCAUAAAUUGGCAGUUGUGCACUACAUUAUUAUUUUUUUGUGCUUUAACUACCAUAUUUAUUACCAUUGAAUGAUAGAAAUGUGCAUUUUAACUUUUAGUUUGGUUAGUUAAUUGGUUUGUCUCCUCAAUAUAACCAAUAUUGUACUUAUAUGCUUUAUUUUCAAGUUAUAUUUUCCUUUCAUAUUUCCUCCUUACGUACUAUACAGUUCCAUUUAAAGGAAGCCAAUAAUAAUAAUUCUUAAUGGAUUAACAUAAAUUAAUGAUAUUUGUCUAAUUAUAUUUAAUAUAGACUCUUUAACAGUACCUAUAGUGUGUUUAUAUUUUGUUUCUGCUGCUUUUAUAAAUUUCUAGCGUUUCCCUCUGGACCAAAUGAGUUUGGGAAUAAAAGUUAUUUUAUAAACAAAUAGAAAUAAUAAAAGCUACAUUAAAAUUCAAUACAAAUUUCCCUUUAUUUUUGAAAGAGAGGAGGGGUGUUCUUUUAGUUUCGAAACUAAGGAAAUUAAAUUUUGUAAAUGCAUCGUAUUAGUAUUAGUAUCUAAAAUAUACUUUUUGGGAGUUUCAAAUGUUAACCUCAUGAUUUUAUGCUCAAAUCACACCAUUUUUUUUUUAUUGUUCUAGUAUUCAGUUUUUAUUGUUUUACAAAGAAUAUAUUGUAUAAAAUAGGUAAAAAAAUGUGGAUUUUUUAAAUAUAUCUGUUCUUAAUUUGUUUAGUUUAUUUUUAAAAUAUUAUAUUUAUUAGUCUUGUAUUUUAAAUAAAUACUAUAAUACAAAAUGUAUUACUUGUUUUUUGUGUAUGUAAGUUUUUCUAUAGUGCGUUAUUUAAAUAGUACAAUCGUAUAUAGAAAAUGCAACAUUAAACUGUUAUGCAAGUUAAUAAUUUUGUAAAUAAAAAAAAUUUUUCAUUUAAACCCAAUUCAUUCUUAAUAAUAAUAUUUAAUAUAUCUAAAUAAUAUCUUUAUAUUUAACCAAGAUUUAUUAAUUUUAGAAUUAAAAAAAAAAAAAAAAAAAAAUGUGUUUUUGUAAAUCGUAUUUGUAUUUGUAAUAAUAUGUUUGUUUUAUGACAUAAAAAUAAACUUUUUUAUUGAUACAAUAUAGUCAUUUAAAGUGUUAGGUAUAAUAACGAUAUUGUGUGUAUUUUAUAGCUCUGUAUACAAUUUGUCAUCAUGCAUCUAUUAUAAUUUAAAUUUUAUUAUAUCUUAAUUAAGUAAAUUACUGAUUUAUUUAUUUUAAGUAAGUCCAAUAUAAUGGUUUACACUUUUAAUAUGAACCAAAAAAGUGAUUUAACUUUCAAAAGUUCAAAAAUGAUUAAUAUUAAGGAAAUAGUUAUCUUUAUACUUGUUUGAAAUGGGAAUAAUAGAUUUGAUCAUCUGUAAAACUUGAGGACCUUUAGGUAUUUAUUUUUGUAUCAUCUUCUUAAACAUUAAUAACUACCAAAAUAUGGGUUUUUAAUUCAGAUUUAAUUACAAGUAUUUUAUUAUAAUGUAGAUUAAAUGAUAAGUACAAAACUAUACUAACAGGUUUUUAAUUAGAUAUUGUUUAUAAACAAUUUUAGGUGUUAGGUAAUCAUUGUUGCUUUUUAAUGUAUUGAGUAUCUACAUGAAUUAUUAUUGAUUACAGUUAGGAUUGUAAAAUUAUUUAAAUUCGGUUUGAUAUUAGCUGUCUAUAGCUAGAAAUUGUGCUUUAGACAAAUACCAGCCUGUUUGUAUACAAUUUGUAUUUUAUAAGUAUUAUGAAAAAUUCGCAAAAUCUUAAAUAACAGUUUAUAUAGAAACAAUACUUUAAAUUAUUUUAGAUAAUAUUGGAUAAAAUUGGAUAUUAUUAAUAUUAUUUAUACAUACUGUUCAAGUGAUCAUGUUUGGUAAUUAAAAUCUCGUUAAAAUCAUUUUGAGUAUUACAUGUGACUUUUCUAAAAAAUAUUUGUCUUCAGUAUAAUUAAAAAUGUAAUUUAUUUAUUUAUUUUAUUAUUUAUAAGUAUAGUUGCGAUAAAGGUGAAGACUAAAGAUGUCCUUAUCGGUAUACAAAGGGUAUUUUUUAUUCUAUAAUAAUAUUUAUAAAUAUAUCUAAUUUGUAUGUUUUUUUGCCCCCGCAUAAACUUUUAUUUAGUGGAAUCUAUUAUAAUUUACAACAAAUAAAUAAAUGAUACCUAAACUGUCACCUUAUAGUUAUGAGCAGAUGUGUUUAAAGACAUUUUUUAAAUUUUAAUUGUUUAGAAAAAAAAAAAACUUAGGUAAUUGAAAUUACCUAAAUUUUGAAAUUUAUUGCAUAUAAUAAUUAAUAUGAUUUGAGCAAUUUAGUUUUAAAUUAUAAUAUAAAAAAAUUGAAAAAAAAAAUGGCUUGGAAACAUGUGAGAAAGGUUGCUUAUUGCCACAGCUUCAAUACAAAUAAUUUAGUUUUAUAAAAUAAUUAAAAAUGAAUGAAAACUAAAAAGUAUUUUUUAAAUUAGAUAAUUUUUGUAAUUUUUCUAAUAAUUUUAUUUAUUUUUAAUUAUUACACUAUUCGAUACCUAUUCAUAGGCUUCAAACUAUUUGUUUACAAUUUACACUCUUUAAUAAUAAUAAAUUUAUAUGUUAUAUUUAAUAGGUUGGUAACCUUUUGUCCUUUAAUAACGUUUGCUAUGUAGGAGGGUUUGUAUGACAUCAUCAACUACACAGGGGUCAUCAACAUCACUACGCCAUUCAUUUAGAUGUAAUUGCCCUCAUAUUAUAAUAUAUUGCCCUAGACCUUCCUGCAUAAUGUUCCAGUUCAAUCAAUUUUAAAUUACAAUAGAAAUAGGCCUCUAUUAUAUUGUUGUAUUGUAUUAUCCCUUUAUAGGUGUAUUACAGGAAAUCAAUGCAAGUAGAUUUUAAAUGUUAGUUUUAUAGAUCAGUUAUUUUUGGUAUUAUACUAACAAAAAUACAUGAAUUGGACAUUUGAACUUGUUUGAUUUUGUGCCAACAAUUUGCACUUUAUUGUUACAAUUCUGAUAUAUCCUAAGAACCAUUCUGACUAAGAUCUGGACAAAGAAAAUAUUGUUUUUGUGUAUUUUUCUUGUAGACCUUGAGAUACCAUAAUAGAAGUGUACAUGCAAAAUAAAUGUAUUUACAUAUUAUAAUUAUUUAGAAAAAAAAAACUUUUAUAAAAUGUGUACCUACCUUUUAUUUUAAAUUAUGAUUUUAUUAAUAUAGGUAGUUUAUUAGAUUGAUAAGUCUUAUAAUCAAUAUACAGAUAAGUCCUUUAGCCUUGAAAUAUAUUUGUAUACUCUUAGUACAAAGAUUUUUACCUUAAAUGUAGUUUGAUAUUGUCCUUAAUUUAUUUCUUUAAAUUAUAUUUUAAGAUGAUUUGUAUUUGGGAUAAAAAGAAAGAGUGAAAUAUAAUAAUAGAAACCAGCUAUUUUUAUACAAAUAAAAGUAGUGUAAAGUUUUGUUUUUGUUGUAUUAUUGUUACAUGGAAUGACAUGCACUAUUACUGUUUCAGUGUUACGGUACUUUUAGGAGACGCAAAUUAUUGUUCUACUUUUUAAAGGGUUAAAAUAAAUUAGAAGUAGCCAUUAAAUUACGUUUAGUGUAAUUAUUCACUAAUCUAACAUAUUUUGAAUACAGAUUUUAUAAUGCGUUUUUUGGUAUUUUUAUUUUUAUCAAACCUUUUUUUGUUUCAAAUUUGUCAAAGAAUUAAUUAUGAAGCAAUUAAAUAUAUAAUUAAUACUGUAUUAGUAUUUAGACUACUAUCAUAUUUUUAAAUAAUUAAGCUUGAAAAAUGAGAUAGUUACAAUUUCGCAUCAUACAAAUCAGAAAUUGUGAUAUAUAUAUAUAUAUGUGUGUUUUAAAUAGAAAUAUAAAAAUAAAAAUAGAUUUUUAGUUUUAAGACAUUUAACCAAUUUAAAAUAAAGAAGUUUUAAUCAGACACGCCCAUAAUAAACAAGGCAUUGUGAUGAACACCUGUCAAAGUAAAUUAUUGUUCCGAUAUUUCCAUUUCAGUAAUGGAAUUACUUAUAUUUAUGACUUUUCAAGGUUGUGAUUUGUAAAUAUUUUAUUUUCUGUUUAUUUAUCAUUACCAAUUUUGAUAAUUAGUUUAAAUUAGAUAGAUACCAUAUUCGCGGGAUCUGUAUAAUAUCUUAUCUUAAAAAAGAAAGUGACUCAUUAAAUUGGAAUACUUAGUUGAUCUCUCUUUAUUCUAGUUUUAUAAUUACGUACAAAAUGAUAAAUUUAAAUUAAAUUACAUUUUCUCGUUGCAUUUUCGAAUUAUGUGUUUCAAGCCGAAGCAGAUUGUAAUAGUUCAAUUAUACUAUAAAAUAAAAAGAUAAAAAAUAAUAACUCUAAUGGAACUAAUUACAGAAAAUUAUGGUUCAAAUAGAUUAUAGUUAUAAUUUGUAUUAUAGUAUGAAUGAACUAUAUGGUCUGAUUACUAAUGCUUUUUCUGUUUAUAAAAGGGGUUAAUAAUAUACAUUUCCUUGCUUUAGUGAAUUUACUAAAAGUUAUUCGUUUUAUUAAUAUUUUAUGUUAUUUCACUAAAUAUGAUGUAGGUAUUUGACAUUUAUUUACUGAUUGAAUAUAAUAUGAUUUGCCUAGUAUUGUUCACUUUUUAAUAAUAAUUUCUCUGUUAUUCUGUUUAAUUAUUAUUUUUAAACUAAAUUUUUAAUUUAUAAUGAUAUUUUAUAUGUUAGUUGGAAAUAUUUUACUUAACAGAAAUAUUUUUUUUUUAAAAUUAGUAUUAGUCUCAAAUUAUGCAUGUUAUAAUCGAAAAUAUUAAAAAAGAAACUUUAGAUAUCAGUACUAAAAUAAUAUAAUAUUUUUGUAUUUAAGUAUCUAUUUUAAAAUAUACCGUUCUUUUUUCAAAUUCAGAACAAGCUGUUUUUAGACUAAUUAUAAACAUAACGUAUAAUGUAUAUAAAGGUAUAUAUUAUGAGUUCAUCAUUUGGUUCAUAAAUUACGUAUAUAAUUAGAAAAUAUUUCUCUUUAUUAUCUUUAUUAAUAUCCCUCUUUAGAUAACUUUUCUUUAUAUACAUAUUUUUUAAAUAAAAUAUGUUGUAUUAUUCCCAUAAGUUCUAAUAAUAAAAUACAUUUUUAUAAUGUAUAGCAAAUUAUUAUCGAAAUCCAUUACGAAUUAGAAAAAAUUGGUGUGCCCUAAAAUUUUCUAUUUUUAAUUUUAUUAAUUAUUACGCAUUAGAAAAUAUUAUAAAAAACAAAACCUUUAAUCCAUAUAGUUUAUUUAUAUUAAUAAUGUGUAUCAAUAUAUUAAAUUGUUUAUAAUACUACUAAAAUAUAUAUAAUCUGUGAUAGAUUUAUAUUAUUUUGGAUUACUUAAAUUGGCUAUAUAUAAAAAAAAGACAAACAAUUCAUAUUAUGAUGAAAUUACAAUUAAAAAUAUGUCUAUAAUCUAUGUAACAUAAUUUUGUUGAGACAUUUGAAAUGUUAAAAAUAUGUUAAUAGGUUUUAUCUGUUAGGUAUAUAAGUAUUCAAUAUUACUAAGAUACAGGAGCAGGGUACGAAAAAAAUUCAAGCUUUCUAAUACAAAGCUUACUCCGAUGUAUAUUAUGUAGACCUUUUUCUGUCAGAAAAUUUUCAUUGGGUGGUACUUAAGGAAGGUCAUUUUUUGAUUUUCCCUGCAGUUUUCCCAAUAAAAGGGAAAAGGUGAGAAAAAACAGGAAAAAUGUAUGAAAUAUUAUGAUUUCUUUUUGUGGAUAACUUUUCUACCAGCAAUUUUGCUCCGAUUAAAAAUUAUAGGACUUAUGGAAGAAAAUCUGACUGGGAAGAUACUUUAAAGAGGUAAUUUUUCAAUUUUCCCAAAAGUUUUCCCAGCAAAUGUGAAAAAUCGGGGAAAUUGUAUGGAAAAUCGGUACAAUAUUAAACAAAUAUUAUUAAAGAAAAUAUAUAAUGCCUAUUUAAUUAUUUUACCACAAUAUGACAAACAUAUUGUUGAUAAAGCAUCACUAUCAACUAAACUCUGCUUAGAAUUGUUUUAAUAUAGUUAGAUAGGCACCUAUAUACGAGGGCUAAUCAAAAAGUAUCGAGACUGAUAAUAUUACUCGGAAACCGAGCGUUGAAGAGCAAAACGAUUUGUAAACCUAGCUUCUAUGACUUAUACUGAGCACAUCUAUUCGUAUAAAAUCUCUAUAAACUUCUUCGUUUUGAUUUGACGAUAUUUUUCUAAAAUUUGUUUUUCACGUUUGGCGAUUUCGUAAUGAAUCCAAAAGAAGCGGAACUUGCUGCCACUCGAGGGCACAUUUUCAGUUUUUCAAUUGACAUUUAAUGGCAAAAACCAUGAAAUGUUGCAUCCCUCUGAAACUGGAAAAAAAAUGUAGAAAAAUUUUCUAAAAUCUCCAAAUCUGUCAAGUUACUCUUCUUUUGGGUUUAUUACAAAAUCGCCAAACUCGAAAAAUAUAUUUUACAAAAAUAUCAGUGAAAUCAAACCGAAGAAUUUUAUAGAGAAGCAAUAAAAACAAAUGUACUCAGAAAAAGUCAUAGAAACAAGUGAUACCAAUCCUACUGCUCUUCGAUGCUCCUUUUCCGAAUGAUACUACCAGUCUUGAUACUUUUUGAUUAGCCCUCGUAUAUUUGAUUUUUACUGCGGCUGUAUGUCUGCAGUUUAUCUAUCAUAUAAGAUUAUACCUACAAGCGAUAAUUAAUAUUAUGAUGAUAGUAUUAUUAUUUUUAAAUGAUUUUUUACCUAUAUAUAUAUAGAUAUAUAUAGUAUGAUAUACCCGUAUAAUAAAUAAAAAUUUAAUAGAAUAAUUUGUAUUUUCAAACAUUUUUUCGACACUAAAAAUUUGCUCGGAAUUUUGUCGGACAAUAAAAACUGAAUCCGGAAUUUUUUUCCCCGGACUUUUUGACCGAUUACCAGCGUAGUGUAGAUAAUCAGAGAUACUGCAUUUUUCUUAAUUUAGUAAUUUGUUUUAUAUUAUCUUUUAGACCAUUCAGAUAUCUAUAACCUUUUUAUUUUUUUUAUUUUUUUUUUCGAAAUUAUAUAAGAUCUUUUACAACUUUGGAUUUAAGGUUAUUUUUGCUAUUUUUUUUUUUUAUCUAUCUUUAGUUAUUUAAAAAAAAAUUAUGUAUAAAUGUUGUUGUUUGCUUAAUUGUUUUAUUCAAAAUUUAGUACAAGCAUUAACUAAUGAAUAUUUUCAUUAUAUUAUCAUACCAUCUAAAAGAAAAUAAUUCACCAUACUAAAGUCCUAAACAGCUCUUGUUAAAAUAACACAAUCAGUUAUGUCCUAGUUAGUUUGGCAUCCAUUGAUUUCUGUGCGUGUGGCAUAAGGCCAGAUGACAUUUUUCCGGACACUAUUCUGGUUUUUUUUACUUCUAAAACUGGAAAUUUGAGAAUUUUUUGAAUUUCACAUUCUAAAUAAAAAUUAGGUACGUUGGUAUGUUUUUAAAUAAAGAAUUUGUGAGUAAAUUAUAGUAAAUCAUAGUUUUAUUAAAUUUGUUUGGUGUAUUAUCUGUUUGGUGGUUACAUAAAUUAUUAGAACUAUUACUAAUGGGAUUUAGGUCGUGUCUGUUGUAAUAUUCUAAUUUGGUUCUUGGCGUCAUUAGUUUAGCUAUCCUCAUUCAGUAUUUCAUUUAACGAGUUUCACCAGGAUAAAUAUGUUGAUCAAGUAAAUAUUGUAUAUUUGCCUGCUAUUUUCAUCGUGUGGGUUUGUACGCCCACGUAUUUUCUGAUUCUUUUUUUGGAUCAGAUAUAUUUAAAUGAUUGAUUUAAUCACCACGUUAUUAUUAUUUAAAAUUUAUGUUUAAUAUAUUUAACUUGUAAUAAACUACAAAUGUAUUAAAUUAUGAAUAUUUUAAGAGACGCCAUGUAUCUGUUCUCUUUUUUUGCGAAUUGCGAGAGUAUAUUUUGUUAAAGGUUAGUGAUGCUUAUUCUUGAACUUUUGUUGUUUUUGUGUUGGAGCAAUUUUUUUUGCAGAAACAUCAAGUGUAAAAAUUAAAAAUAAUGAAAUCAUAACGCUGUAAAUUUCUCAAUUUUUAUUUUUAGUCGUUUUUUUUAAUUUUUCUCGAUUAUUAUAAAAACUACUUGAAAAAUCAAAUAAAUAUCUUUCUUCUUAAGCAACUAGAUCCAAAUUGUAAUUAAAAAGUAAUUUUUGUCAUUUUUGAUUGAAACAACAUUUCUGGCCUAAAAUAUGUUUAUAAAAAAAAGACGGACAUACUUCGCACGAUGGGUAGACUACUGUUGUAGAUGAGAAGUUGGGAAGGUAGGUACAGGCGGGAAUUUAAUGUAUAUAUGUAAACAACGAUAAACCAUUGCUAACAAAAAAACGAUUCUGAACGGACUUCAUUUGAUAGUGUUGCUUUGUAUAUAUGUCAUAUUACAGUAAAAUUAUUACAACAAUGUGCGUUUCUAUGACAACAAUGAUUGUUUAAAAAAUAUUUAAAUUAAAAUAAUGGUAUAUUCUAAAUAGACCUGCGCAAUAUUUAUUCGUUAAUCGUUAGCAGUGGCGGAGUUUUGAUUUGCGUGGUCCUGUGCAAAGUAUAAUAUUUUUAAAUUUUUGUGCGUGACCCAGUGCGAUUGCACUUUCUUCACACGCCCAUAAUGAUCGUUGGACUCGAUAGUCGAUUGUGUCAAAAUAAUUGAUUAUUGCUAUAAAUCGAUAUAUUUUGAAGAAGCAAUUUAUUCACUCACAAUAUUUGUUCGUCAUGUACGAUAGUCAAUUGGAUUGAAAUAAUUAAUACUAUCGAUAUAUUUUCAAAAUAUAUCGAUAUAUCCGAUUAAUCGAUACAUAUUUAUUUCUUAAUUAUAUCGAUUAAUCGAUACAUCGGUUCAGGCCUAAUCCUGAGAUCAUUUCUCAAUUCUGACUUUAAUCGUAAAAUUGGCAAAAUACAUAUUUUCAAAACAAAAGACAAAAAUAAUUGAAUAAUUGUUAUUUAAAUUACAUAAUUUUUAUUUAAACUCGUCUAUUAAUUUUUUUAAACAAAAAUAUUAUACUAUAUAUUGCACUCAAUUUUUUUUUACCACCAAGAACAACUUAUAAUAAUUAACCUAUCAAAUUUUCAAGCAUUUCUGUUAAGCACAGUUUUUACAAUUUUAUCCAUGAAUUGUCUACCAAAUAAAAAUUACCUACGAAACCCGCAAAAUAAAAAUUGAUUAGCUCAAAAAUAACUAAAAUUUUUAAAUGUCAAGUCGCUACAAAUAUUUUAAACUGAAUUACAAAAGAAAACUAAAUUGAAAACAAAAGAAUUAUUUUCGUAAAUUUUCCUAUUUUUCAUGUUUUUCUUAAUUAUAAUGAAAACAGCUUGGAAAAUCUAGAAAUGACCUCUUUAAGUACUAUCUAGAUAAAAUUUCUUUUCAAAAGAAGCGCUACACUUACACAUCGAAGCAAGAUUUCUAGUAGACAUUUUUGUCACGGUAAAAAAAAAAUAAACAUCAUUGUAAAACCAAUACAUUCUUCGCUACACUUAAAAUGUUAAAUCAUGAAAUCAUUGCGCUGUAAAUAUUAACGAAUUUUAGGUAUUUAACAUUGUAUCUUUAGAUUGAACUCUGAGGAAUUCAUGUACAGUUUUCUACAGUUCUACAUAGUCCUAUUUGUUGCAUUCAAUUGUUUUUGAAUUAUGCCUAUUACGAAUUUAUAAAAAUAGCUAAUCUAUAUUAAGUGGAUUAUACCCACAUGUGAUGUCUCAAUCAAACUAACGGGCAAUAUAACAAAACCUACCUUACGCAAACUGCGUAGAACGAUAGAACUCUCUUAAAUUUGGUUUUAGAAUAAAAUCACCUGUUAUAAAAUUAAAAGAGGACAAUAUUCCGGAGGGCAAGACGAUGCGUUUUUCCUAUUCUAAUUAUGAUUUCGGAUAUACCGUUCAAUACAUCGUUUAGAAAUAAAAACUAAUUCAUCGUUUUUAAAUGACUGUAAAAUUUAAAAAAAGAAACGCAUUAUUUUGUCCCUCGGAAUAUAGCUCUACUUUAAUUUUAUUAUAAGUGAUUAUACUUUAAAAAAAAAAAUUAAGCGAGUUCUACGCAGUCUGCAUAAGGUAAAUUUAGCUAUAUUACCCAUUAGUUGGACUGUGUACAUGUGGGUAUAGCUCAAGUACCGAUUUUUCUAGAGAAGUAACUAGAAUUCUGAAAACUGAUUUUAAUUCAUCAAGUCAAAUUAAGAACGAUUUUCAGUGGUUAGUAUUUAGAUUUAGAGCGGAGCAUGGAAUCUAUUGGUUUUACAAUGAUUUAUAUAUUAUUUUUAUUUUAUUCUGUAAACAACUUUUCUACCAAAAAUCUUAAUAUUUUGUAUCAAGUUUAGUACCUUUUCUGAAAGGAAAUUUUAUUUGGUAGGUACUUUCAGGAAGUCAUUUUUUUUGAUUUUCAUUGAUAUACUCAUUAUUACACUCAUUAUUAUACUCACUGUAUUAAUAUACAAUUAAAUAUUUACCAAUAAUAUUAAAUAAAAUAAUUUGAUUUCAAUUUAUUUUUAAAUAUUAAUUUUGUAUGAUUUUAUGGUUUUGUUGAAAUAGUUAAUUUUGAACGUGAAAUAUGGCAUCACAUUAUCGAAAAACUCUUCCAUCGGCUGAUGCUGCUUUAGCAUCUGAUGUUUUUGAUCGUUUCUGUACAGCUACUACAAUGAAGACGAUUCUUGGUCAUUUUCGACAUCUAUGUGAAAUAUUACGCAUCAAACCAACUAAUUUUCCUCAAUUUUACCCUAAACUUAAGGUAAGUCUAGUUCGAAGUUAUAAAUAUAUGUUAUGGUAAAUGUUGUGAAAUCGGUUAAUAUCGUUAUAUUUAUACUUUAACUAAUUUUGUGUUGUUAGUUUAGUUUUAGUGAUUUUUUCACAUUUUAAUUUCUAAGCCAUAUUCAACGUUUUAAAUUGUUAUAAUUCACACUAAUACAUAACUCGCUUAAAAAUUAAAAUAUCGAGAAAAAAAACGUACAAAUAAAAACGGUAUUCUGACCUUUAGGUUUGAUAAUAGGCCAAUAUUAUAACUAGUGAUGGAUAAUAACGAAUAUUCUGUUCUAUCGAAUAAUAUUCGAUUAUUUAUAUGAACUAUCGAAUAAUCUAUUCGUUCAUGGAUUAUACCUUAGAUCAUAUACUAUAUUAUCUAAGGAUUAUGCCUUCUUUCCUUUUAUCACUUUAUCAAAACCUUUCUGUAGAUAAAGCACUAUAUUAUAUUAUUAUUUAUGUACCCUACUCAUAGAGUAAGAUUACAAUUAAAGAUAUACUCUUUAAUCGUGAGUCAUGGGCUUGCGUACAUUGUGUGUCAGCUGGUGUGCCAUUGCACACCCCGUGCCCUUGGGUUGAAACCAAAAUUGACUCAUUCUGGGUUUCAUUUAAUCAAAUGCUAAUCUAUUUGGUAUGAAUAAUUACCAUAGAGUAACCAAUAAAUCGACUGGUAACCACCAUAUUAUUACUGAUCAGUGAUCACUGCCUUGGGUUCAAAGCUUAACGUAAUAUUGUGAUGGAGUUAAGUUUUUAUUUAAAAUUUUUAACGAUGUUCUAGAUGUUCUAAUUUAUCAUUAUAAAUAUUUUAGGAUGUAUAAAAAUGUUUUUGUGAAAGGUAGUUUAAUAUGUAGGCAAAUAAUAUAAUUUUUAAUAAAUUGAUAUUUUAUGUUCAGUUGUUUACUAUCUUCUUUGUUUAGGAGGAGGGGGAGAUAUAAGGAAUAAUUAAGGAACACUUAAGGAAUAAUGGCUUGGUUUUUUAUGACACAUCCCGUGAAAAAAUUUUGCGUACGCUUAAGUUGUGAGUAAGAUGGGGGCGACAUUCAGCAAUUAAAGCCGGAAGAUGCCUCCCUGCAGUGUAUCUAAUUUUAAAAUAAUAUUAUUGUAUUAUUUUCAGUACAAUAUUUAUAAAUAUUAUUGUAUACAAAAUUCAAAUUUAAAAUAUUUUUUGUUGAUAAUAUUAAAGAUGGAGUCUUAGAAUACUUUAUAAUACAUUCCACUUAAAUUUUAAAUAUUCUAAUACAUGACAUUGAAGUGUAUCAUCUAAUGGUAUCAACAAAAUAAAAUAAAUUUGUUCAUAAAUAGAGAUGGGUACCUCUAGUUAUUUAUAAUAAUUACUUGUGAAAUGUUAUGCUGUCACAUACACUUUUAGAAUUUCUGGUAUAACCACGUCAGACACAGCUAGUCAUAUUUUAAUAUUAUUCAAAUUUGAAAUUUUAAUUUUCAACUGUCCAAUUAUAUAUUAGUGAUAAAAUGGAUAAAUUCGAUAUGAAUCAUUAUAUUAUGUUCAUGUCAUAGAUUUGUUAAUGCCAUUAAUUUAAAAUAAAGUUUUUAUUUUGUAUAUUUUUCCGGGUUUUUCAAAUUAUUGUUAAAUCUAUUAGGAAAAUCAAAAAAUUACCUCUCUAAUGUUCAUCAUAGUAUACAUUUCUCACUAUGCUCAGAAUUAAAAAAAACAUACUUAUACCACAAUGCAUAAUAUUAUUUAUUGUAAUAAAUGCAUGGCCUAGAGUCACGUUUUACAUUUAGACUGUGAUAUACUUGAAACAGGUCGUACACUUAUCAUAAUACUUCAGGCAACAUAUUUAUUCAUUUAUUUAUUUUUAUAUAUAAUUUUUUUAUUUAUAUAUUUAUUUACGAUUAUUAAACAUUUUAAUAAUUUUGUUUUUACUUAAUUAUUAUAUUAUUUAUUAUUUGUAUAUCUAUUAGUGUUAUUUUAUUCAUAACUAUACUGUCAAAAUGUUAAGUUAAGAGUAUUAAUACAUUUUUGUUAUAACUGCUUUUGGAUUUUUAUAGGCUAUGUUAUGUUCAUGGAAAGCAAAAGCUUUAUGGAAUAAGUUUGAUAAAAAGGCAAGUCACAAAUGUUAUAAUCGGGGUAAAGCUUGUAUGAACACUAGGGUAAGUUUCUUCAAAUCUUUUGCAUAGCUAUUUGUUUAGUUUACACUAAGUCAACAAAAUUGUUUAGGUUUUAAUAAUUGGUUCUGGACCUUGUGGAUUACGUGCUGCCAUUGAAGCUCAGCUAUUAGGUGCUAAAGUAGUUGUAAUUGAAAAACGAGAUCGCCUUUCAAGAAACAAUGUACUACAUCUUUGGCCUUUUGUUAUUCAGGAUUUAAAAGGUCUUGGUGCUAAAAAAUUUUUUGGGAAAUUUUGUGCUGGAGCCAUUGAUCAUAUAAGUAAGAUUUAAAAAAUUGGUUUUAAAUAAAUGUGAUAUUUAAAUACAUAUUACUAUUAUUUGUUUAUAGGUAUAAGACAGCUUCAAUGCAUUUUACUGAAAGUUUCAUUAAUUUUGGGUGUAGAAAUUCAUGAAGGUGUAAGUUUUGAUUCUAUUUCUCCACCACCUGAAAAUGAUGAAAGUAUGUUUUAUUUAAUGUUACGCUUAUGAUUAUUAAUCUAGUAUUAAAUAAAUUAUGUAUAUAUAAAGUGAUUUUUUUUAUAAUAAACCAGCAAUUAUCUCUGAGGAUUUUUAGUGAAUUUUAUUUCUGUUUUUUUCUAAUCAUUAUGGCUUUAUUUUAAAAUCAUUUUUAAUUUUUCACCCCUUCUCUAUAUACCUUAAAUAAGUACAUACUUUUGAUUUUCAAAUAGGAACCUUCCCUCCCUUUUGAACACAGAUUUGAAUAGAGAAUAUUUUUCUAUACAUUUUGACAUGCGUAACACUAAUAUCAGAUUUACUGUUUAUGAGUUAUAACAGUUUAAAGUUUAGACCGGAAAAGUAAAGAAGGGUAAUAAAUUGCCUGAUAAAAAAAAUAGGAAUCCAAUUAAUUCUAAAGUCUUAGGUGAUUGAAAAAGUUGUUUAAUGUAACUUCUGAUAAUGUUUUGUUUAUUUUCUACAUUUGUAAUUAUCAUGUAAUAAUUCAAAAUUCUGACAGCAAGCAAAAUUAGCUUUUAGGGCAUUGAACCGUAUUUAACAAAUAUGUGGACAAUAUUUGUUGAUGCCAAUUUUAUUGUCAUAAUUUUUUUCCUUGUGUUUUUAUUAUAGCGGUUAUUUUUGGAGGACACAUAUUCAUUUCCAGUGCCUUUAGAUUCUCUUUAUUGAACAAAUUUUUCAAAUUUUCUUUAAAUUUUAUUUCUUUUCGAUUCUGAGUGGUGUGAAGGAUACAUUAGUUUUACAAUGAUGUUUAUUUUUUAAUUUUUUUUUUUUAUAAAAUUACUUCCAGAAAUGGUGGUCACUAAAACAAAAUUGAGUGUACUUAAAUUUUUUUUGUUUCUAAGAUUUCAAUAUCAAAUUUUGAUGAAAAUCAUAAAUAUUACGGCCUUUUGAAACAUGUAUAACAGAACUCUGCUCAGAAUCGUUUUUCAUUAGCAAUGAUUAUUUAAGGCAUUCAGGUAUACAUUCCUUUCUAUAUCUAUCCUUCCAAACUUUUCAUCUUCAACAGUGGCCCAUCUAUUGUGCAAAUUAUGUUCGUUUUUUUUUUUUAUUUUUUUUUUACUGUGUUUCUUUAUUCAUAAUAUAAACAUUAUAAUUUAUUAAUUUAAUGUGGAGUAUCUCUAAUUGGGACAUGUUAUAAUGUUUAAUAGUUAUUUGACCCAACAAUUAAACUUUAUCGCAAUUUACUAAAUUGCAAUAAAAAAAUUAAAACAUUUUUGAUUCUAGGGAUGGGUGUGCCAUUUUUGUGGGUGGGAAAUUGGGAAGAUAGGAUAUAUAAAGUUAUUUAAUUUAUGUCUGCAAGAAAUGAUAAACCAUUGCUAACGAAAACGCAUUUGGAGCGAAGUUUGAUGUUAUACAUGUUUUGAAAGACAAUUGUAAUGUUUAAGUUUUUGUCAAAAUUUUAUAUUAAAAUUCAAAAAAAAAAACCUACAUUAUUAAAUGUAUAAUGUUGUUAUAAAAACUACUUGGAAAAUCAAAAAAAUAAAUUUUCUUAUCACAAACUACAUUAAAAAUGUAACAAAAAAAGUCUUUUGUUGUUUUUCUAUUGGAGUAAUUUCUGGUAGAAAACAGUUUUGCAAAAAUUAAAAACAAUAAAAUCUAUAAUAUUUGUGACGUGUCAUAAAUAUUUGCUGGUUUUCUCAUACCUUUUUUUUUUUUUGGUUUUUCUCAUUUUCUACAAAAAAAUGAUCUUCUCAAGGUACCAAUUAGAUAAAAGGUUUUUUAACUUACAAUAUUUGUGUAUAUAUUAAACAAACUCUGGGAAUCAAUAAAAAAACAAAUUGCUUAUGUAACUAAGGAUCAUCCUGAAAUAUUAUACUAUUAAUAUACUGGCAAGACUACGUGGUGCCAAAAGAAGUUUAUGGUAGUUUUAAAUAAAGCUCAUUGAUUUGAGAAAAAAUGCCUCUAAAAAAAAUGGAUAUCUCGAAAUUGACAAAAUCUCUAAAACUCAAAACUAUAUUUCGCCAAUUUAUAUUAAUGGCAUUAAUGAUGCAUUAUAUUUCAUUCAACGUGGUUUUUUACAACAAAUCAAGUGUUAUUUUCGAUUAAAAUUGUACAGAGUGAGCUCAGCAAAAUAUAGUGGAUUUGAACUUUUGUUACUCUAAAACUAAGCCAGAUAGAUUUACUCUGAUUUCAAUAAAAAAAAAACUGUUUUUAAAAUAUCAAUUACUACAAAUAAUAAUAAUAAAAAAAAUGUCUAUUUUUGAUCACAUUUUAGAUUAAUUCAAAUAAAUAAAUCAAUCAAAUUUUUGAAGAUGUCGAUUUCGAGCUAUUGAUAUCUCAAAUACUAUUAUUGUUUGGGACUACUAUUGUGAUAUAAAUUUUUCUUAAAGGACUUUUUUUCUCAAAUCAAUGAACUUUAUACAAAACAACCAUAAACUUUUACGCACCAUACUUAACGAAUUUGUGCCAAUAUAGGUAUAUUCAAUCAUAGGUAUAUUUGUAAUAAUAUCAGACAAUAAGUAUUAAAUUUUAUUUAAAGUAUUAUUUUAUGUAACCAUAAUUAGAAAUAAAUAUUUAAUACUCUAAAUACUCUAAAAAUCCUGUACUUGUGUUAAUUAUUAGUAAAUAAUAUAAUUUUCAAUAUUUUAGAAAUUGGUUGGAGAGCUAACUUCAGCCCAGAAAACCAUCCAGUUUCUCAGUAUGAAUUUGAUGUACUUAUUGGAGCUGAUGGUAAACGAAAUACAUUGGAAGGUAUUUAAUGAUCAAAAUACUCUUAUUUCAUGAAUACAAUGUAUUUUUUACAUAUUAUUGUAAAUUAUUUAGGUUUUAAAAGAAAAGAGUUUCGUGGUAGGUUGGCAAUUGCAAUUACUGCAAACUUUAUAAAUAAACAUACAGAAGCAGAAGCAAGGGUUGAAGAAAUAUCAGGAGUUGCUUUUAUAUUCAAUCAAAAGUUUUUUAAAGAUCUUUAUCGAGAUACUGGAAUUGAUUUAGAAAAUAUUGUUUACUAUAAAGAUGAAACCCAUUAUUUUGUAAUGACUGCCAAAAAGCAUAGUUUGAUUGAUAAAGGUGUUAUUUUAAAUGUAUGUAUUACAAACAUGUACAGCUCAUUAAAAAUAUUAAAUUGUAUCCUAUUAUAAAAUACAUUUUAUUUUAAGUUAAAUGGAUUAUAAUAUUGUUUAAUCAAUUCAUAAAAUUAAAGAUUUCAUUGAUAUAAUUUAAAUUUACAGGAUUACGCGGAUGUUGCUAAAUUGUUGGCAUUAGAAAAUAUUAAUAAAGAAGCAUUAACAGAAUAUGCUAAAGAAGCUGCUAAUUUUUCAACAAAUUACUCAUUGCCUCAACUUGAGUUUGCUGUCAAUCAUUACGGCCAACCAGAUGUAGCAAUGUUUGAUUUUACAUCUAUGUAUGCUGCUGAAAAUGCUAGUCAUGUGAUCCAAAGAAAUGGUCAUAAACUUCUGAUUACAUUAGUAGGAGAUAGCUUAUUAGAGGUAUAAGAAGUAUAAUUUGUUAAUAAAAUUGCUUAUAAUUUGUAUCUUGGAAUAUAAUUUGGUUUUAGCCAUUUUGGCCAACUGGUUCUGGUUGUGCUCGUGGUUUUUUAAGUUCAAUGGAUGCUUGUUGGACUAUUCGACAAUGGGGUUCCCCAGAAUCGAACCCAUUAGAUGUUUUAGCUGAACGAGAGUCUGUUUAUCAUAUUCUUGGUCAAACCACACCAGAAAAUUUACAAAAAAACAUAGCGAGCUACACUGUCGACCCCCAUACAAGAUAUCCAAAUUUAAAUACACAUGCUGUUUUACCUGUGCAAGUUGUACAUUUAUUUAAUUGUGAUGACAAAACUGUUGUAGACAAACUUCUUAAAGCUCCCCGUCAAGCAAUUACUCCAGUUCAAGAUGUACCUAAAAAACGAAGACGGAAAGGUAAUUUUUGUUUUUAUUGUUUUGAAUUAUUUUUUUUAAAUUAAAGUUUUUAUUUUAAUAUUUGAAACAGUCCAUUUGGCUGCACUUGAUCCUGCAAUAAAGGGUGAAUAAUAUAAAAUAUCCAUUACCUAAUCAUGUGUUGUCUAACAAUAACAAAGUGUGCAUUCUUAUUAGUUUUUGUCUAUGUAUCUACUUGUGAAUAAUAGUAUUUUAAAGUAUUUAAAAAUUGUAGAUAAAACAAAUUAAUUUUUAUAAUGUUUAUUUUAGAAAGUCAAGUACAUCAAGAAACUUUACAUACUUGGUUGAAAACACAAGUCGAACCCUAUGAUUCAAUAUCUGUUGAAGAUUUAGCAAAAUCAUUUAAAAACGGAUUGGCAUUGUGUGCGAUUAUUCAUAAAUAUCGUCCAGAUCUAGUUGAUUUCUUUUCUCUUUCACCAUCAGACGUGGCAAAAAAUAAUCAGUUAGCUUUUGAUAUUUUAGAACAUGAAUUUGGAAUUCCUCCAGUAAGAUUUUAUAUCACUCAUGUUGCUUCUUUUAUUUUAAUUUAUUCUUAUUUUAGAUAAUGUCUGGAAUUGAAAUGGAGCAAUGUGAUAUACCUGAUAUUUUGGCUAUGUUAUCUUAUUUGUCACAAGUAUAUGAUACUUUCAGACGAGAAAUUCCACAUAUAAAACAUCCAAAAUUGGUAUUUAAAUUAUUACACAAUCAAUUUGCUAAAAUAAUUAAUUUUAAAACUUUAGGAAGACAGUGACCAUGGACCAACACCAAUUGAAAAUCGUUUUAGAAUGCAUGUUGCUAAAAAUAAUAAUUUUGCUCCUUAUUCAAAAGUUACUGCAUUGGUAAAACCUAUUUCACAAUCACGAAAACGAACAAGUGUUAACAAUACAUCUAAUAUUGAUAAAAGUACAUCUUCUAUGCAAAGGCGUAAUAGAAAACGGCGCACAAAUGUAAAUAAUGGAUCACUGGUAAAUAAUCUUUAGUAUAUUAUUAUUUAAAAAAAAAAAGAAUAGGCAAUAUGAAAAAAAUAUAUAUAUUGAAUUAUAAUAAAUAGUUUAAUUAUACUUUUGCUAAUAAUAAGGCUCAAAUAAAAAAACGACUGCAUGUUCGAAUGCAACAAAUUUAUAUAAGAGAACCUGAAGAUGAUGAAUUUUUAGAAAGUAAUCAUGAAGAGUUCAAAGAACGUGCUAGGGAAUUGGAGAAAAAAUUAUUUCCAAGUGUAAGACUGUGUUAAAAUUGUGGUUACAGUGUGUUAGUGUGUAUAUUUUUAUUAACCUAAUCUAAUCUACUUCUUUUUUUAAUCAAACAAAAAAAAGAUUAAUUUUAAAAUAUUGAUACAUUUUUGUUACUAUAGGAAAUAAUAAUUAUAAUAAUACAUUUUUUGUUUUCACUCCUAUUUAUAUUAUAAUCUGUAUGAUUAAUAGGUAUUAUUAAUAAUAACCGUUCUAUAAUAGUUAUCUAAUUUAAAUUAAUUUUUUGUUUUUAUGUGUGUGUAUUUUUUAAAACUCAAUGGUUAAAGUUAAUAAUUAAAAACUAAUAUGUUUUGUGUAUUAAUAAUGAAAGGUGGAUUUUGAACUAUUCAAACAUGUAAUAACUUAGAAACUAGAAAAUGUGUGUACACUUUUAAACAAUAACUGUAUCAAUGUUAUAUAUUAUAUAAUAAGUAUAUUAAUAAACAUCAAAUUAAAAUUUCAAAAAUAAUUCUCAUUAAAUCAUUUUUUAAUAUAGUUUUAAAUUUUGAAAAUGCCUCUUGUGUUAAGAUUAAAUAUUUAAUUAUUUUAUAUUAUACAUGUGCACGUAAUUUGACAAUAUAAUAUAAAAUAAGGUUAAUUCAAAUAUUAAUUGAUAACUUCUUGAUGAACUACUUAAAUUAAUAUUAAUAAUCUAUUGAGAAAUCUUUAACUUAAAAAAACUAUUUAUUAUUUUUUAAAACAAAAAAUUUGUUUUAAUUAUAAAUUAUUGUAAAAGGAUUAUGUAAUUAGUAAUGAUUAAAUGUCUUACAGAAAUAUAACAGUUGUAUUAGUAACAUUCCAAUACUACAAUGUUUUGAAUAUAUUUCAUAUAUUUAAUUUAAUUUUAUUUAUUUAGCCACGAGAUACUCGUUUACAUUUAGAUAGUUCUCCUCGAUAUAAAAUGGAAGAAGAUAUUUCAGUGCGAGCUAAAGAAAUUGAAGCAAAACUUAAAGGUGGUCCAGCACCUGAUAAAAAACCUAAGGAUCUUUUGAGGGCUAUUGGUAUGUAUACAAAUUUUGUUAUAGUUCGUAUAUUGUACUGAUUUUUUUUUUUUUUGUAGGCAAGAUUGACAAAAGUGAUUGGAAUGUAAAAGAGAUUGAACGAAAGAUUGAAGAAAGUAAAUCUCAAUGUAAACACAUUAAAAAUGGAACUGAAAAAGUACCUAAAUGGAGCCGACCUCAAUUUGAUGAUAAAGUAUUACAAAAAUAUUAUUUAUUUUCAUUAUGUGUAUUUAUUUUCUUUAUACAUUACUUAUCAUCAUCUAAUUGAUACUUUAGGUUAGUGCAAUCAAAAAGAAACUUCAUGUAAAAGGAUAUUAUGAUAAUGAAAACGAUGACAAAAAAUACCAUGCAAUUGAUGAUAAUUUAAAUAAACUAAAUAGAAAAAUUAAAGAUGGAAAUAUUUUAGAUCAAGGUCAACGUGGUGCUAAUAAAGUUUCAGCAAUGGCUGCUCAUUUAGCUACAAUAAAUAAACAACCUGAACAACCUCUUCUUCAGAGAUCUGUGAGUAUAGAUAUUUUUCUUUUGUUUGGUACAGUAUAAGAUGGAUUUUACUGAUGGUAUGCUGUUUAAUUAAAUACUAUUCUCUUAGGGUGCUAAAAAUACCGUAAUAAUUCCACAAGGUGGAAGUGAAAUAUGCCAUUUUUGCAAGAAUCGUGUUUACUUAAUGGAGCGAUUAAGUGCUGAAGGAAGAUUUUUUCAUCGUGGUUGUUUCCGUUGUGAAUAUUGUCUUACAACUCUAAGACUAGGUAGUUAUAUGUAUGAUCGGGAAGGUAAAUAUGACAAUCGUUUUUACUGUUCUCAACACUUUGGAAUGCCUGGUACACAACAAAUGAGAGCUCGUCGAAAACUUGAACAAAAGACUGAACCGGAUCUAAUUAAACCUAUUGUUUUAAAUAAAACACCUGAAAAAGUAUAAUAGUUAUACAUUUAUAAGUUAAUAUCAUUUUUUAUGUAUUAUUUAAUUUAAUAGACUAAGGUCUCAAUGGAGUCAUUAGAUCGAGGUGAAACACCAGAACGAGUAGAGUUUGAAAAUUUAGAGUUGGAAGAAGAUUUAGCUCUUAGUGAAAUGGAUGAAGAUGAAUGGACUGAUCGCAAUUUUGGUGCUUCAGCUAAUGAAAUGCUCUCUUCUGAUGAAUUGUCAGAAUUUAGGUUAUUAUAUUAUUACAUAUUAAUUUUUAAAAAAAAUGUAUCAUUUCAAAUCUGUAUUCAUUUUGAUUUAGUGAUAGUGAAAGUGACGAAAAUCCAAAUCCAGAAUUAAAUGCUGAUAAUCAAGAACAAAAAUUACUACCAAUUAAUAUAAAUAAUGAUAAUUUAUCUAUUAUUAACGUGGAAGAAGAUGGUUUAAGUUCCCAAAAUGAGUCUGAUGAAUCACAGGACCGUUUCAGUUAUAAAGAAUUUGAUAGUGGGGGUAAUACUACUAAUUAUUUGUAUUUAUUUUCAAAUUUUCAGCAAAGGAAUCUAUUAAUUUAUUUUUUUUUCAUAUUAUAUUAAUAAUUCAUAAUGAGCUUUAAUAUUUUAAACAAAUAAUACUAAUAGUAUUUAUAUUAGUGUUGUUUAACUUUCAAAGUAGAGGUUAUUUAUUUUGUAUUGCAAACAAUUAUAAACAAGGGCAAGAAUAUCUGGGGUGGGAGGUUAGAGGUUCACCUUAUCCAUGGAAAAUAAAUAUAAUUUUUAUUCAAAUACAUUGUGCAUUAGUUAUAUAGUUCAAAAUUUUUAAUUUUCUGUUUUAUUUUUUUUCUUGAACAUAAAGAUAAUAAUGUAAUUAAAUUUUAAGUAAAAAAUUAGAAUUAAGGAUAAAAAGAUAAACAUAUUUCGAACAAUGAGUGAGCUCUGUUGUAGGUAAGAAGUUGGGAAAGUAGAGGGGAAAUUUAAUGUAUAUCCGUAUGCAACCAUUAAUUAUUGCUAAUAAAAAACAAUUCUGAGCAAAGUUCAGUUAAUAGUGUUGUUUCGUCAAUAAUAUAUAAUGUCAUAUUAUGGUAACAUAAUUACAUAUGUAUAAUAAUAUAUACCCUGUAAAAUAAAAUGUCUAUAAAUAACUCAUAAAUGUCUACAAUCUUUUGAAAAUUUUACCACGUCUAUAAAAGACAAAUACAAGUAAGUGUUUUUUGUUCAAACUACAAGUUCACACAUAUUUUUAACUGAAUUAAAACAAAACAAUAUAUUUUGCACAAUUUUUUUUGUUUUUCCCAUUUAUUAUUAUUGAAAACAGCUGGGAAAAACAAAAAAAUGACUUCCUUAAACCAUCCUAGUCAGAUUUCCUUUUAGAAAAAGUGGUAUACUUGAAAAUUGGAGCAAAAUUGUUAGUAGAAAAGUUGUCUACAGAAAAAAAAAAAUAAACAUCAUUAUUUAAAUUGUUCAGAAUCUAAAAUUAUGUGCAAAAAUUGUUGAUAUAAUUUUAUGUUUGACAAGUUUUUUAGCUGGAUUCUUAGUUGCUCUGUACAUUAUUAUAUAUAAUGGAAUUUUACUAAAAUGUUGAGAAUUUUAUAUUAUCCUAUGCUUAGAAUUGUUUUUAAAAAUGUUUGAAUCAAAUUGUAUUAGCAAUACAACAGUGAUAUAUGCUGAGAUGAACUUAGUAUUAUAAAGUGUCCACAUAAUAUUUAUAUUAUACCUUUCUAUUUUAAUAUGCAUUUUCUUAUAGAUGACGAGAGUGAUACGGCAACUGAAGGUGAAGAAGAAAUAAAAGCACGAGAAAUAAGGAAACAAGAAGUUUGUUUACAUAUUCCUCAUUUGUCAACUGCUACUACAGAUAGUGGAUCUGAUACUGAGGUGAUAUUUUUUACUCCAGAUUUUAUAGAAAAUAAUGAAUCUUUAAUUUGUAUAAAUAAACAUAAUAAGUGUUUAAGAAAUGAGGACAGUCCAAAAAUGAACAAAACCAAUGGUAAUACAAAUACAUUUAGUUUUGAAGAACCUCAUAAUUUUCUGAACAAUCAUAUCAAAGCAAUUCCAAAUGAUAUUAAUUUAUUAGAUGAAUCUACCAUAAAGUGUAACCCCGAAAAUAAUAAUCUUACAAGUGCAAAUAUUGGUGUAGAAAAUACUGUUCAUACCUCUUUGAUAUAUAGAUAUGAUGGUCCACCAUCAAGUGAUAUUGAUGUCAAGAAUAAAAAUGAAAGUAAUUUAAAUGAUGAAUGUGUACAUAAAAUGGAAGAUAUUACUAAAUCAAGUUUAGAAUUAUUGAAAACAGAUAGUAAAAAAUCUAUUAACCAAAAAAUUGUAGGUGAUAAUAAUAAUUUAAUUGAAAAUGAAAUUAUUUUAAAUAAUGAACAUUCAAAUAUAGUUUAUGAAAUAGAAAAUAAUGAAUGUUCUUUGGAUUCUGUACAAAAUAAUUCAAAAAGGUUUGAAAAUAAUUCAAAUAUGAAUGUUAACAGUGAUAUUAUGUUAAAUGAUUUUAAUUUAUCAGAAAAAAUUAUUGCAAAUAAAAGUCCUUGUAAGCCAAUUAAAUUAAAUGUAGUGACUACUGAACCUUAUCCAAAAUAUACACCAACAGUUGAAAAGGCUAUUAAAAAAUAUGAAAAUAAACAACCUAAAAAAGAAUGUAUUGUUAUGUAAAUUUCAAUACUUCUAAAAUAAAUAUUAAAUAUUCAUAUUCACCUAUAUUUAUAUGAUUAUAUAUAAAUUAAUAAAUAAAUAUUAAACAAAAUAAUAUAAUUUAAGUUAGAAACGUAGUUUCAGAACAUAUGUUCACAGAUAUACAUAAUAAGCCUUUCUCUCUCAAGUGUCAUUUGGGAUACACAAAUCAGGUAAACAAUAUUGGGAAUUGUGUUUUUGUGAUUACUAUGUGUUUCGAUAUUUGAAUUGUUAACUUGUUAUUUAAUAAUAUGUGUAUUUCAAUGCUUAAUAUUUUUGUGAAUUUAACUAAUAAUAAUCUAUUUAGUACUUAAAAUUGAAUUUGAAGAUAAACUAACAAACAUUUGAUAUAUUUUUUGUAACUUUAUAACAACAGAAGAUAUAUGUAUUUAAACAUGUGCAGAUUCAUUUUAAUUGGCUGUUUAAAUUCUUAGUACCUAUUAAGGAGAAAGGCUUGUUUUUAUAUGUGUUUUGUUUAAUUUACAAACAGAAAGAUAUUUUAUUAUGUGAUUAAUAUAUGAAAUGGUUAAAUGUAUGCAAGAUAUCAUAUGUUUUUACGAAACAUUGAGAAUGACAUUAUAUUGACUAAUUGAAUUGAAAAUCUAUUACAGUAAUGGAUAACUUUUAGAUUCAAACCCUGUUUAAAAUAUUUAAAUCAUUAUUUUUUAUUGGUGCAAUUUUCAAAUUUUUUAAAUAUUUAAUUUUUAGAAGAAAAAUUGAGGCAUAAAUUUCAGGGCUGCUACAUAAGUAACUAAAAAGAUUAAUUGUCAAAAAAUAGUCCAAAUAUAGGCACAAUAUUUGUUAUUGGUAAUUUAUAAAUUCUAGUAUUUGCAUAUUUUUUGUUACCAUUGAAAAAAUAACUAAUAUUUGUUAUCAGAAAUAUUUCGAAUUCAUAUUCAUAUAGUGGUUAUUAACAAUUUUUAUACAAUUAAUUUUUUUAUAAAUCAUUUUAGUUAUUAUAAUAUUGUUAAAUUAAAUUAUUCAAAUUAAAAUAUAAAUUUAACAAAAAAAAUAUAUUCAUAAUUGUAAAUAGCUUUUUUUUGAGGCAUUAUAUUUGGCUGUUGGAUUCGUAAUAUUUCUGAUUGAAUGGUUAAAUUUUUAGUUGUUAAGGUUUAAGAAAGGUAAACCUUUGUAUUUGGCUAAAUAGGUCGAAUUUCAAGAAUUUUAUUAUAUAUAAGUAUUUCUUUUUUUAUUGAAUUGGGUGUCAAUGUUCAAUACAAUGUCAUUGUACCAAUCACCCCCAUGCCUAUUUACUAUCAUUAUGUAAGAUACAAAUUAUACUUAGUAUCAAAUUUGUUGCUCAUAAAUAUGUCCCAAUCACUGACAAAAAACCCUAUAAUUAAUUUGGUUCUUUAAACUUUCUAUUAUUUAAUUCAUUAAUUGUGAAUAAACAAAUUAAUAUAUUUCACAAACUGAUAUUAUUUUAUUGUAAUAUCUGUGAUAACAGAUGUAUUGUUUUAAAGAGUAGGUGUCAAGUAUUGUGCUACCUGAAAAUAUAUUUAGUGGUUUUAUAUUUAUUGCUGGUUAUAUUCUGAUUUCCCAUUUUUUUUCCAAAUGCUAAACACCCCUCUGUUCUUAAAUUUCCAUUAUUCGUAUUUAAUAUUAUUAAAAAUAAGUUGUCAAAUUUAACUCUUCAAUAUAAUUUCAUUCUUUAGUUUGCCAUUCAAUUUUGGUAUAAUAUAUACUUGUAAUUUUAUUAUUAGAUGUAUAUGAACUUCAAUUUAGUUAUGAGAGUAUUUAAUAAUAACCAAUAUAAUAUAUUUUGUUUGUUUUUAUAAUGCAGAAAAUGUGUUUAUGCAAAUCCCAUAUGUCUAGAAGGUUUGAUGCACUAAUUAAACUUAUAGUGAAAUUUUUAGAUGAUAAUAAAUAAUGUCCAAGGAUUAAUUUAACUAAAAAAAAAAGAUUAAUUUGCUGUAUAUUUCUACAAUUGUUAAGUGUUUUUUUUUUCUGUAUGUUUAUAAUCUUCAAUCCCUGGCAAAAUAACAUCAAAGUGUCUAAAAUAAUAUUUAGUCAUGCUCAAAUCAUUAAAUAAUAAUAUCAUAUAGUAUGAUUAUUAAAAAUUAAGGGUUUUCAAGCUUUCUAGAUAUACUCAUUUAUCCUCAUUGGAAACAAUUUAAAUUUACCUAUGUGUACCAUAUGAUUCAAAAUAUAUGUUACCUAAUUUUAUCAUAUAAAUAUUUAAUCAUAUAAAGGUUGACAGAUUUUUGAUUUGUAAAUAUUUUUUUUACAGUCUUUUAAAAGUCAACUUUUGAAAUUUACAUUCAAGAAACCCAUAUUUUUUUUUAUAAAAUAGCGUGAAAAUAUUUUUUUUAAUAAAUUUAACUGAUUGAAUAGAAUUCAUUUAUUCAAAAAUCUAUGAUUGAGAACGAUUCAAAGUUAAAACUAAUACAUAAUACAGUUUAACUGGUUCACGGAAGCAGCACAUUGUGGUGCAUUGUUUAAUGAGUGGUGUCAUCAGCUAUUUCUUGUUGUGCUGUCAAAAUGUAAUUUCUAAAAACUUUAAAUUGCUCUCAAGCAUAGAGUUUUAAAUAAAUUAAUGUGAUUUAGUGGCUAAACUGUAAAAAAAAAAUUUAUCUUCAUAUUAUGUUUGUAAAAAAACAUUAAAAUACUGUAAAAAAAAAAUGUACAAAUAAUUUUAAAUGUUUAUAAAUCAAAAAAACUUUUGGAUUAUACAUUUUUCUCUAUUUUGAAUAUUAUGUGAUUAAAUGCUGAAACAUACAUUUUGAAUUUCCUGUAUAGGUGUCCCAAAAUGAUCUGCUAGUUGAAAUAACAUUUAUUCUAUUUAAUAUUUUAAAUUUAUUUUCGAAAUAAUCAGUAUACAUUUGCGCUACAGUUAAUGUAUUAUUAUUAUUUAUUUAUUUUUUUUUGUGGGGGAAGCUUAAAAUUAAACAUUUCAAUAAAAAAUUUCAAAAUAAAAAUUUUAUAAAAUAGAUUUUUAGAAAAUUGGUGGUUGAAACUUGUUUCGAGGUAUUAUUUUCUAAACAAAUUUCAAGUUUUUGAAAAUUUGAACAUUAUUAUGGUUUAUUAAAGUUCUCCCAUUAAAUAAAAAAGAAAAAUUUAAUAACUAUUGCAGAGGCAUACUGAUUAUUUAAAACAUAAUCAUUAUUAAAAAAUCGAAUAGAAUAAAAGUUAUUUCAAGUGUCAGAUAAUUGUCAGACACCUGUAUUAUAUGUGUGUGUGUGUAUGGUCUUUUAUAUAUUAUGUUACUGUUGCCAGUAACAUACAAUUUGAAUUUUCGAUGAAAUAUUUAUUUUUUCAAAAACAACUCAUAUAAUACUUUUGGAAUCAUAUAUUAUAAAAUGCUACAUUGUCCUUAUUUGUUUACCCUUAUUUUUGAGAUUGAAACCAUUAUCUACUUUUGAUUAUCAAAAGCAACUUAUAUUCAAAAAUUCAUUAGUAUAAGAAGUUUUAGUUUAAAUACAUUUUGGUGUUGAAAUCUCAUCUAUUCAUAUUUUAAUGUAGGUCGCUAUUUAAAAAUCAAAAGUUUAUAGUUGCUUUAAUUCAAAAAAUAAGGACAAUCUAAUAUUCUCAAAUAUAUGACUCCAAUAAGUUUGAACAUGUCAUUGAAAAAAAUAACUGUUUUAUGAGAAAUUUGAGUGGAAGAUGUAUACAUAUAUAUAUGUAUUUAUUUUAUUUUUUGUAGAUUGCUACUGAUUAUUAUUCAACAAGUUCAGAUAAUAAUGCUGCUACUGAAAUAUCUACAGAUUCUGAAUUUGAGAGAGAUGAUAAAACACCAACAAAACACAAUAUUCCAAAUAUAAUUGUUAGUGAAAGCAUUCAAUCAAAACGUAACAUAGAAGAAACUAAAGUUGAUCCCUUGGUACCUGAAAAUCCUAAAAUAGCUGAAAUUGUAAAUCGAGCUCAAAAUCGACCAAACUUCAUUCCAUUUUCCAAGCCUGGCUAUGAACUUAAUCGAACCCAGUCUACAGAAGGUAUUGCUACAAAACGUUCACUAGAGUUGAAAAAGUUGUACUUGUUAGCUGGUAAUGAUAAUGGAAUUACUGUAAAAAAGUCUGGCUCUUCUGUGACAUUAGAUACAAAAUUUAAAAGCUUUGUUGAUCAAAUAUCUGAGUAUCAAAAAAAAUUGAACCUUACGCCUGUACCCAGUCCUACUAUACAAGCCUUACAAAAUACAACGCCUAUUGUUAAUAAAAAUGAGAAAAAAUCAAAAGAGUUAUCUGAAACUAAAGAAUUCCAACAUAUUUGUUUCAAACAUUCUGAAAAAACAAAUAAUUGUAAUGAAAACAACGAAACUAAUCAUAAAAUGAUAGAGCCGAGUAGUACUACUCAAAAUGAAGAAAACGAUAAUGAAUCACGUCCACGUAGUCCAGCACAUGAAACAUCUAUAAUUGUACCUGAAUUUCAUCAUUCCCAAAGUGAAAAUAAACUUGAAUCUGAUUCUUUAUCAACAGAUACUUCAAUAGACACUGAAAAUGAUUUAGAAAUUCCUGAUAUUUUGUCUGAUGAAAAUGAUACUCCUAUUGAAAAUCAUAAUUUACCGAAAUUGGAAAUUCAUAACUCUCGGGGGGAACUUAUGAAUGAUUUAGACCAACAAAAAGAACAAUCAAUAGAUUCUGAAUCUGUACAAAAAUUCUCAGACAAUGGAUUUAAUAAAAUUAUUACAGUUCCAAGUCCAAUGAAAGAUAAAAAUGUUAGAAAUGGUGAAAUAUUAAAACAUGUGUCAACUACUGCUGAUUUAUUUAUAAAUGGUAUUUCAAAAAUGAACAAUAGUGAGAUAGUUAAUCGAGAAUCUGCUAAUGCAGACCUUGGAUCUGAUUAUAAUAAUGAUGAAGAUUAUACAAUCGGGGGACAAACUGAAACUGAGCUUUCUGAUUGGGCAAGAGAUGAUGAUGUCGGAGUAUCUGAAGCUUGGGAAGAUUUUGCACCAGUACCAAUUAAAAAUUUAACUUAUAGAAAACACCAGAGGCCUAAAUCAAAACACAAAUCUCGAAAUUCUCCAAAAAAAAAACCUAAUGAAGAUUUUGAUGAAUAUGGUCAUAUAUGUGGAAAAAUAGAUAGUGAAAAUAUUGAGUUUAUGGAUACCAUAAGUGAUAAUGAUACAAAUGAACAUGUUGCUGCUUUAAAUCAAACUUUGUUACACAAUACUGGUUAUGUAGAAUUUGUAAGUAACCCUCAGAUGGACGAUGAGCUCAAAACGCCUGUUGUCGAGACUUUGAAUAAUAUUUAUAAUAUCCCAGCUGAUAAGGAUGAUAAUGAUACUACAACGACUAGUGAUUUAGUUACAGUAAUGGAUCUUAAAAAUGAUUCAAUUAGUGCUGAUGAUGAUAUUUUAACUCCAAUUGCUGACGUCGGCACAAAUAAAACUUACUAUGAAUAUGUGAAACGUCUACAAGAAAAAAUAACACCAUUUAAUAAUAUAAGAGAUUCUAUUGAUGUACGUAAAAUGAAAAAAACUAGUAAGGGAGAAAAACUGGAUAUAAAUGAUACAAAAGAAAAAAAAGAACAAAAUUCUACAGUUUAUAAACUCCAGCAAAUUACCCAAGAAAGAAUGAAAGAAAAAAAUCUAAUUCAUGAUAUGGUUAUGAGCAAAAUUACUAGUAAAUCGCCUAAUGAAAGAAAACAACGUCGUAAUAGGAGUUCUCCUUUUUCUCCAGAAUCUAAUCCUGAACAAUUUGAAUUUAAAAAACCAAUUCCAAUUUUGCAAUGUAAUUCAGAUAUAAAAGUUCGCCCCUCUUCACUUCUUAUUACUUUAAAAAGUCCUCUCAGUGAACGAAAAAUCAAUUCUUCUAAUAUGAUUUCUUGUUCUGAAGCAUUUUCAUUGCCAGAUAUUAGGAGAGCACUAUUUGAUGAAAAACCUCCAACUUCCAGUAUUGCUGAAGUUUUAAAAUCAACUGAAGAAAUACGUGAAAGUGCUAGGGCUAGAGCUAGAUUGAAGAGCGACUCUGAAUUAGGUAUGAGUCCAGAAGAUAAAAUUCGACAACUUAAGGAAAAAUUAGAACGAAGAAGAGCAGUCAAAAGUGAAUGUGAUGGACUUUCAUUAUUGACAAAAAGUAAAAGUUGCCAAUCAAUAGAUGAAUUUGAUCUUAAUAUUGAUUUAGUAAGCAAAGAAAAAUGUUAAAAUUAGAUAGUUAUAUUGUUCAUAUUAUUUUUGUUUUUUAAAUCAUUUUUAGUGCGAUACAUCAAAAACACACGUGCAAAUAAAGAAUGAACGAUCAGAAAGAAAACGUAGUAUUACUCAAACUGUUAUGGCUGCAAUUUUUCAAAAGAAAACACCAUCACCUAAUAAAAUUUGUUCUCCUUCUAGUCAUCAAAUAUCUCCAUCUAGGUUUAAGUUUCUAAUAAGCAGCAAAACUAAAGAAAAAUCUCAGGUAACUAUUUUUAAUGUUAAAACUUAAAACUAUUGGUUGUUGGUUUUUAUUCUAUACUCUAUUUAGAAUAAGAAAACCCUAGUUUGCGCAUGCAAGACGGAUAAUUCAAACUUUUUUGAAUCUGGUGGAACUCCCACUACUAAACCGCUACUAAUCUAAACUAUACACGACUCGUGCAGGGACUUUUAUAUGUUUUCAAUUGUGUUCUUAUUCUGAACAGAGUAUAAUUAUAUUUUUAAAAUAUUAGUAAUAAGUAUAAAUAAAUACUAAUUUGUCAUGCCUCUUCUCUAAAAAUUAAAAUGGUUAUUAUUAAAAACUUUUCAAUGGAUAUGUAUUUAUAUUGAAUUAAAAUAUUUAGAAAAUUUCAAAAAGUUAACAAAUAAAGUUUAUUUUUUUCUAGUGAAUAAGAAAUGACAAUAUAAAUAAAAUUUUUCUUUAAAAAUGUAUUUCCUUGAAAGCAUAUUUGAUUGAACAAAUUAAAUAGAAAAUACUAACUAAAUUAACAUCCAGAAAAUAUUGUUGGACACCCAGUAUUACAUACAUAUGUAACAAUAAUAAAUAAAUGCGCAAUAAAUUAUUGUAUUAUAUCAGCAAUAUUUUUUAUUAAAUAUCUAAAUAAAGUAAUUUAAAUCACAAUAUUUUCACUUGUUGUACCUACCUAUUGUUAGUGAAAAGUUUGAAAGGUAAAAUAUAGGGUAAUUUAAUUUAUAUAUUGGAAGCAAUUGUAAUCAUGACAAACAAAAACCAAUUCUGAUUAGAUCUUUUGGUUAACUGGAUGUUAGUGACAUAUGUUAGUUUUUUUUCUUUUUGUACCAAAGAGAACGCAGAAGAAAAAAAAAGUUUAAAAUUUUAGUAUGUUUUUCAAUAUUUAUUACAUUAUUAGAAUAUUUAUAGAUAUUGAAAUUUGAAUAUCUAUCAUCAAAACAUUGUUGACCCUCAUUAUAUGGAAUUAAACUUUUAAAUUUCUGUUUGUCAUAGACUUUGUACAAAACAAUUACAUAAAAUAUUCAUAAUUAUUUUAAUUUUUUGUUUGUUUUUCCCUAUAUUUUAAAAAAAAGUACUGGGAGUUUUAAAAAAACAAUCCUUCUUCAAAUGCACCAUACUUAGGCAUAAAUACUACCACAAAUAUCAUAAAAAAAAAUACAUAUAUUAGUAAUUCAUUCUUCUAUACUCUGGUCUGAAUCUUAAAUACAUCAUAAAUUUAAUUUGUAAAUUGUCAAUACAAUUGUUUUUUUGUUAUCUUAUUUUAAAGUAUAAAUAAUGAUAAAAACAUAUAUACAUAUUUUAAAUAUAAUGCAAAAAGUAAUUUUUUUACUUUGGUCUAUAAUAACCAAUAACUAUUUAAUUUCUGAUAACUAAUUUGACCUUUUAAAUUUCAGUCUGCAGAUACUAUUGCGACAUUCAUUGGAGAUUAUGUAUGUUUUCCUAGAGUAGUUUAUUAUUUUUUUUAAAAUUUAUUACAUAUUCUGCAGAAUUAUUUACAAAAAGUAGUUAUAAAAUGCAAUAUAGAUAGUAGAUUAUUAGAUUUGUAUACAUAUUAGUUUCAAAUGUUUUAUACUUAAAAUAAUAUGGUACAUUAAUUUUAAUAUAUUAACAUGAUGAAUAAAAAAUUAAUUUAAUGAAUAUAAAUUGAUUAUAUUAUGUUGUUACUCUUAUAAAAAUAAUAUAUUCACUGAAACUCAAAUACAAUUAUGGUAAGACAUUUAAAAAUUGAGUUGAAUAUUUUAAUUAGAAUUUCAUAAGCAAGUAAAAUUUAAAAAAGAGCUGAUACUGAUGAUAGGUGUGCCACUGUUAUAGAUAGGAAGUCGGUAAGUUAGGAUACAUAAAGUUAUUUAAUUUAUAUCUGUAAGCAAUGAUGAGCCAUUUCAAACGAAUAACGAUUUUGAGCAAAGUUUGUUUAUAAAUGUUUUUAAGGAUAUAAUAUUUAUGAUUUUCUUUAUAAUUUUAUAUUAAAACUCUUAUAAAAAAAAUCACUACAUUACACUAUUUUUUAUUAUUUUUUUUUUUUACCACAAGUAUGACUUAUAAUGAACCUGUUAAAUUUUCAAGCAUUUCUGUUUAGUCUUACAAUUUUAUCCACGGAGUACCUACCUUAAAAAACUUAAAAAAAACUCACAAAAUUAAAAUGUCUAUAAAUAGCUAAAAAAUUGCUGAAAUGUUUUUACAAUUUUAACAUUUCUAAAAAUAGCAAAUAUAAGUAUUCUGUCAACAUUUUAAGUUUUUAAGGACAUUUUUAGAUGAAUAACUACAAAAAACAAAAUUGAAAAUUAUAAACUUAAACAGAUAUCUAUUAAAAUAUACAGUAUGCUUUAUACAUAUUUUAUUACAUAAUACAAAAAUAAUGUAUGACACUUACCUAUCAUUAGAUUUGGGCUUAAAUUAAAUUAUUUUUGAAUUUAACACUAUUAAAAUAUUAAUUUUUAUGAGUAUUAUGAUGUAGGUAUUUAUUAAAUUCAAACUCUUGUUAACCUAUAUAUUAAAACAAUUUUUAUUUUCUAGGAUAAAAAAUUAAUUCCAGCCGUGGGAGAUAAACCUGUACAGUAUAAAUCAAAUAGUGAAUCAGAAAUCAGACGUCGAUUAAUAGAUUCAUUAGCCCCACCUAUACCCCCAUUACCGUCUUCUUAUAAUAUUGAUAAUCUACAAUCUUCAGGUAUUUAAAAUUUUACUUCUAAAUAAAUUUAAUUGUGUACCUAAUACGUAUAUUACCAUAUUAAGAGAGAUAACCAUAGUUUAAAAAAUGUUUAUAACUAGUUUAUUACACAUAAGUGGGUAUUGCCUCAUUUUCUAUUAUUUUUAAUUACAAUAUUCUUUCAUAACAGGGGAGUAUAAGUUUAAAUUAAUUGUCUUCUUAUAGAAACAGUUCAUACUGAUGGGUCACAAAAAUAUAAAAUUGAUGAUGACUAUAGUAUUCAAAGUGCAGAUAGUAAAAUGUCUAAGUCUGAAAUUAAAAUUGCUCGACAAUCUCAGCGCAAAAGGUAAUAUAUGCAUGUAUUAAUAUAUGUAUAUAUGAUAAUCAUUUCGUCUUAUAAAAAAAAAAAAAUUAUAUACUAAAUAAAUAUUCAUAAUUACUAUCGUUUUAAUAAUUAAAGGUUGCGUAUGGCACAAGAAAUUCAAAGAAAAUUGGAGGAAUUAGAUGUCAAACUUAAAAUUUUAGAAGCUGAAGGUGUUGAAGUGGAGAAAAAGCUUAGAGGAGAAGGUAAUAUACUAUGAACACUGUGACUAUUCAUGUUUACAUUUUUUUUUUACUCACAAUUUUUAUUUUAAAUUAAUUUACUCCCAUGUUAUGUUAAGGCUAUUUGAGUGGUUAUGUAUUUAGUAUUGGGGUGUGUAUUUGUAAUUAUUUCCUAGAAAAGAGAAUUUUGUAGAACCCUAUGUAGAAAUAUGGCCUAAGAAGAAAUUUCGGGGGGGGGGGNCACUAACCCCCCCCCCCCCGUGUGCGCUACUAGUAUUCAGAAUGUUUAGAUGUAGUCAUGAUAAGAUUAUCUUAACACUAUUACAAUUAUAUUUUUUCAUAGUCAUCAACUAAUCAUUUAACAAUAAAUGUGCAAUUUAUUACUUCUUUCCACUCUGCUGGUCUAAACAUAAAACUGUUAUUACUCAUAAAUGUUAAAUCAGAUAUUGAUGUUAUGGACGCAUGUAGAAACCCGAAAAAUAAUGGUGCAUAGAGUAAGGUUCUAGUUUGUAAAUACACAGACCGUAUUUUUACAGACUGUAGAAACCCGGAAUUUCACAAACCGCUUAGUUCCAGACUGUAUUUCGGCGGAAAAGUAAUUAUGUAGACCUGAUAGUAUUAUAAGACCGUAUUAUUACGGAAAUUUUUUUCUGUGAACCGUAUUGUUUCAGACUGUAUAAUUCCCGAAUUUGAUAAUUUUCAUACCGUAUUUUUACCGCCCGUAAAAAAUCGGGAAAUUCACAAAUCGUAUAAUACCAGACCGUAUUUCGAAAGAAAAAAUAAAUACGCAGAACGUAUAAUAAACAACUGUAAUGCCGCAGACCGUUAUUUCCCAAAAAUAAAAUACGUAAACCGUAUUUUUAUGGACCGCAGUGGUCCGGAAUGUUAAUACUCCGACCGUAUUAUGGUUAAUAAAAAUCACAAAAUCAACACUGAUAACACCGGAUUUUUAAGGUUGGUAAAAAUACGAUAUGAAAAUUAUCAAAUUCGGGAAUAAUACAGUCUGCGUAUUUUUUUCUUCGGCGAAAUGCCGUCUGGAACUAUACAGUCUGUGAAUUUCUGGAUUUUUACAUUCGGUGAAAAUACGGUGUUCAAAUUUUUAAAUUCCGGAAUUAUACUUUCUGAGACUUUACGGUUCGCAUAUUAUUUUUGUCUACCUGAAUACGGUCGGUGGAUUUACAUUUCGGACCUCUACGGUCGUUAAAAAUACGGUUUACGUUUAUUUUUUUUUCCGGAAAAAAAAAACCGUCGGUGCCAUUACGUUCGGUUAUUUAUUCUUUUCUAUAUUUUUAUGGUCUACAAUUACACUUUAAUUCCGGAAUUAUACGGUCGGUAAUACAACUUUCGGAAUUAUAUAGUCUCCCAAUGAUGUGUGUAUCAAAAUGUCGAGACAAAUAUUCUCUAUUUGAAUCUGAUUUAAAAAAAAAACCUGAAAAAAAGGGAUGUUGCUAUUUAAAAGUUCAAACCUGAUGCUCAUUUUAGAUAUUUAAGGUGAACAAUUGAAAAUAGUUUAAAAUAAAGCUUAAUUCCAUAAUUAUUUAAUAAAAAACAAAACAAUUUAACUUAAAAUCCAAUGAGAAUAUUUAGUUUUUUGUAAUUAUGUUUUCCAAUCUUUUGAGUAAUGUAAUGUUUGUAGGUUGAUGCCAUAUACUUAGAUUUCGCAAAAGCAUUUAACUCAGUCAAUCAUCAAAGGCUAAUCAAGUUUUAGAGGCUAGUAAGUUCAGCAAAUCACCUUUCUCUUAGCUCACAACUUUCAUAAUCAGUCAAUAUUAGUUUGUAAAAGUGUUUGAAAAGUUUGUUCUAACCUCAACCUUUGUUUUAACUUCAAUUGUCAACUAGUAUAAACUCUAUAAAUAGCAUAAAAAAAAUAUACAUGUCACAUAUUUGAUUACAUUAAAAAUUAUUAUUCAUUGUUCAUCACACGAUUCACUCGUGAUCAGUCCAACUAGUAAGUAGUGACUGAAUAUCAGUAAAUCUUUUUACUAACUAAAAAUGGAAGGUUACAAUAUUUACUCAACUGUUUCCUAAAAAGAGGAACCAGGUUGACCCGGCCGUUCUCCUGAAAAUACUGCUAAAAAUUUAGGCGGCCCGAUUGGGAAUCGAACAUGAGUCUCUUUUGCCAGGUAAUUACUCUACCAGGUACUGAACUUCUCACUCUAAUUUUUUUUUUGAAUUUAAACGGUUUAACAUCCCAGUUUUGGGCAGUUAGUAAAGUGGUCUUGUAGGCUCACGAAGUUCGCUUUUCAAAAUUGAAACUUGAAAACCAAAGAGCGGUUAUUAGCCCCAAAAGUAAUCACGGUAACCAGUUACUGGGAAAAAAAAAUUACCUGUUUAUAAUGUGUAUCCAUUUUAAAGAAUUUGUUGUAUAUUAUAAAUUAAUUUGAAAUUUUCUAGGAGAUGAAGAGAACGAAGAUGAACCAUCUCUUUUGCAUGCUUAUUGUGAACUGAUGAGUGAAGUGAAUCGACUGAGAAGAGAAGAACGUGAAUUAGGCUUACAAGCUCAAGAAUUAGAAAUAGAAGAUAAUUUAGCUAGAGGUGAAACAAUCAAUACCAACGGUAAUUAUAAUUUAAUAUUGCAUGUAUAAAAUGCUUGUUGAUAUUUUACAAGCAUAGCAAGAUGCUUUUUUAAUUCAAUGUUAAAAAGUUUUUGAUCACACAUCAUUUAUAAAAUUACAGAGUUUGGCUCUGAUUUCAAUUGUUUGGCCAGCAUUCACCGCACAAAUCAUAUUCUUACAAAAUUAUUUCCUGUGUAUGUGUUAAUAGUAUUCUAUUACUUUACAUUUCCUAAACUCUUUAAUAUUUGAGCUAACUAUAAUCAUUAACCACAAAUUAAACAAUAAUAAAGUUAAUGUUAAUAUUAACAGUUUUAAAUUUAAAAUUAUGAUUUAAAUUCUAAAAUAAAAUUCAGUUCUAAUAAAACUAUACAAAAAUAUAUUUAUUAAUAAUAAUUAAUAUAAUAUUUAUAGUAUUACCUUUUCAACUUAACAAUAAUACUUUAACCUAAUGUAUCACACCAUUUUUGGUCAGUUAUGUUAAAUAUAAUAUGAUUGUACCACUACGGUGCUACUUAUAUUUUAGACAGUUAAUUAAUUAUGUGCUAAGUUAUAAACAAUAUAACUUAGAUAAGAUUAUUCUUAAAAAAUUAAAAACAAUAAUACAUCAUUAUUUAUUAAUGGCUAACACGUUAAUAUAUGUAGAUAAUCAAAUUUAGUCAUCUUACCUAAUAUAACUAAUCAGUUUUAAAAUAACUACUAAUUAUUUUUAAUAAUAAUAAAAUAAUUACUGUAUUUAUUUUUAUUAAAUUCAUUAAAACAUAACAUACUUACUAAAUUGGUUGUAUUCAUAAUAAAUGCUAAACUUUAAAUUCAAAAUUUUUAUUGUGCAUUUUAAAGUAUUUUUCUUUGUACCUAUAUAUUGUAUGCAGUUCAAUAAAAUGUAUUCUAUAUUAAAAAUGUCUUGAAUCAUAAAAUAAUUUAUGAUCCCACCAUAUUUAGAGUUUAAUGUUAUUUUCUGUUAUACUUUAAAUCCUUUAAAUUAAUUCAAAUUAAUUAUUUAUUUAUAAAAUGUUUAUUCGUGGUUGAAGUUGGUAUUAAUGGUUUUUUUUUUUGCACAAUAUAACUGAUAUUUCAUUUAUAUGUAUAAUUUGGUAAUUUUCUUUAAUUAUUUGUAUGGUGGCAUGUAUAUAUUGUGGGAUAAUGUAAAUAAUUGUUUUUAAACAUUAAACAUUUUUCUGAUCCUCAAAAACUCCAUGAUAACCAACAAACCAAACAAUUAAAACAUACACCACUAUGUUCAUCAACCAAUUAUAUGGUAAGCUAACACAAAAAAUUAAUAGUUUUUUUUUUAUGUUUUUAAAAUAUUUAUAUUUAAAAUGUAUACAAUUUAUAUAGGCAGGGGUAGAUUAUCAAUUAUUUUUAGCCUAUGCAUGCCAGUAAAAUGUUGGGGGCUUUCCCCUAUUAAUCAACCAAAUUAAUUAAUUGAGUUUCAACAAUAUAUCCUACAGAUCUUUAAGAUAUUUUGUAGGAUUAUCAACAAGUAUCAAAAAGUUUAAACAUAUGAAAACAUUUGGAAUGCAAAUUUAAAACAGGGAGUUUUAAGUACUUCGUCAUCUAGUUUUAACUAUGCCAGAAGCUUAACACAAAAAUUCCUCUUUAUGAUAAUUUCUCAAUAGAUGAUUUUAAAGUAAUUUAUGUUUGUAAAUUUAAUACCUAUUAAAUUAUUCUAAUACAAUAAUACAUUUUAUAAAAGCAUUAAUUCCCUAUGAACUAUUAUGAAUUUAUUGUUCAACCCAUAAUAUCACCUUUAUUAAAACACUAAAACCACGUUAUUUAUAACCAUGGCUUAGAUUUUAUUGCACUGAAAAUAACUGAAAUAUGCGUUUGAAUAUGACCUAAAAAAUCUUAAUUUUUAAUUUUUCUAAAUAGGUAUAUAAAUACUCCAGAUAAGAAGUCAUAAAAAUAUACUGCUCGAUGGCUAAUAAGCAGAGUUACUUAAAAAUAGAUUAUAACAUGAAACAAAAAUUUAGGUAUUUUUCUAGUGGAUUAACAUAAAUGACAAUUUUUUUUUUUGCUAUUUAUGAAAAAUACAAAACUAUUAUAUUUUGCAUAUUAGCAAAAAAUAGCAACAAAAAUCUAAAAUACUUCUAAUACGUAGAAAAUAGCAAUAUAUAAUUUUAUAUUUGAAAUUCUUGGUGCAUAAAACAAAUUUAAAGUUCAUUCUGCUAUUUUUGACUGUAUCUUAUUAUAAUUAGCAAACGCUAUAAAACCAGAGUCAACCCUGUUAAAAAAAACACAAUGUAUUAUUUAUAUUUAUUUUAUCAAAUUACAUAAUAAUCUAGCAGUCUACUGUUCAGCCCUUAGGGAAAAUUCCAAUAAUUCACUCUUAAUUUUAGUGUUAAAAUUAUGUAUUAUGCUGCUAAACUGUUGUUGUGCAUUGCAUGAUAAACAAAUAAAUAGCAAUAAUAUUUAUAAGUUCAUAAAAUUUGAUUAUUUUUAAUACUAAUUUUAAAAAUGAAAUAAUAAUAGUGCAAUUUAGAACAUAAACUUAGAAUUAAAUAUUGAUUAAAAAUCCAUGAAUCAAUAGUGUCUGUUUGAUAAAUUUGCCAUGUUUUUUGAUUAAUUACACGCCAACUUUAAAGUGAUGAGUAAAUACUAAAUUGGUUCUUUGUAGUUAAACAUAAUAAUUUUAUUUCCCAAAAUAUUAUUCAUUAGAGAAAUAUCUGGAUGAUUUUUCAUUAGGUGCACAUAUUUUUUAAAAAUUCCAAAUAAUUACUUAUAAUAGUGCUAACCAAAUAAGUUAAAAAUACGUCCAUACAUAUAAUCUGUUACAGUUAUAGAUAAUUGUGAUGUAUUCAAUCAUAAACUAUAAUGUUUUAUGUAGAUAUUAAAGAUUCAAUAUCUCUACUUGUAUUAUAUUAUUUGCUUAUGAAACGCCAUUUUAUAUACUUAUGGUACAGUUUAAAUACCCAGUUUUUAAUUUGUCCAAGAUCACUAUUAUUACAAACAGUUUCGUCUACCUACUAUAACUUUUUAAAACUGUUCAUUUUUAUUUUAUUUUUUAUUUAUUAAAUUAUAUUUAUUUUUAUUAUUUGAAACUUAUUUAUUUUGAUAUUGUUAAUUUAUUUCUUGUGUGAACAUUUAUUUUUACAGACAACGACUGGAAGAAAAUAUCAUCCGCUCAUUAGUUAUACAUUGAUAAAUUAUUAAAUAGAAUGUAAUAUAAUAUAUUAUAUUAUAAUACAUAGAUUAUUUCUGGUUAAAUCAACAUCAACAGAAUCCCAACUAACAGGAACGUAUAGCUCAUUUAUUAUUUAAGUCUGUUUAUGGAACAAAUAAUUGUAAUGUGUUUAAUUUUUAUACUUUUUUUUUUCUUUUGUUUGUAACAUAUGUAAGCUAAGUGUGAUAGUUAUAUUUUAAUCAACGAGUCUUAACCCAAUACAAAGGUACUUAUGUAAUAAAAUCCUAAGCCAAAGCUAACAAUUGUUUAAUACAACUCAUAAUAAUAUGAUUUUGUAUAAUCUGUGAUAUAAUGUUUAGAUUUAUGACUCAAAUGGGCCUUAUAUUUUAUUAUAAAUAUUAUAAAAAUGAAUAAUUAAACAAUUUAAAUAUGCCAUGUUAUUACUACUUAUUUUAUUAUUUUUAACAUUCAUAUUAUAUUCUUUUAAUAUUAUUAUUUAAGCAUAAAAAAUGAAUUUAAAUAGUUUUGAAUUUUCAGUGUACACUAUUUAUAAUACAAAUUUUAUUUUAUUAAAAAUUCAUUUCAUAAAAAUCAAAAAUAUAUAAUAUAUAAAUUUUAAAUAUUAAACUGAAACAAUAUAGUAUUUUCAGAAAAAAGUAUAUAUAUAUAAUAGUAAUAGUUUAAUAAAGCUGUUAAAAAUAUAAUACAAACAGUUUUAAUAAAUUAAUUUCGCUGAAUUUCAUUUGUUUUUAUUUAUUCCAAAUUUGUAGAAUUCCAGUUCUGUUUAGUCAUCACCUUUAAGAUAUGAUUCAAGUGGAUUAGGACCUCUUCUUUUUGCAAUUACAGUCGUAUUAUUUUCUGAAAAAAAAAAGAAAAGAAAAACAGAUUUAAAAAAAAGAACUAUUGAAUUAUUGUUAACUAGAAAAUCACCAUGAGAUUGUGUUUGAGGUUGAAUAUGGUUAAUAUUCAAACAGUUUAGCCAUUCUGUAAAGCCAAUUUUUGUAUCAUGGUUUACAUCACAAUGUCUAGGUAAUUUUUUCCCACAUUGCUUCAGUUUACUAUUAGCUGACAUUUCUUCUCGAAACUUCUUCCAUUCUCUCCGUUCCAAAAUCUAUAUUUUUGAA